AUGAACGGCUUAGAAGUCCGAACCAUUACACUCGCCAAUCCAAAGGUUGACCUGCAGGAAGGGACGGUGGUUUUGCACGGGGUGUAUCCGCCUACGACAAACACCACAGAUGUUUCUUCUGAGUUUAUCCUUGAGGUUUUGCAAACGUACAGUGAACAGCGAGUAGAAGAGUUGAAGAAGAUAUCGAGCUGUAAUCAACGCCUGGAGCAGGCGGUGGGCGGAGAAUAUUGUUUGAAGAAGAGUUUGAGUCGACAGAUAACAACAGUAAUGGAUUUUUCGAGUGCAAGUGUAGUUGGAUCAGCUUCCUUUUAUACUCCUCAGCUUCAAAAGGCAUCUGCAAUAGUAUUAGGACAGCCUUGUGAUGAGCAUCCUUUUUCUAUUUCUAUUACAUUUAUAGCUCCUGAAGAAAUGUAUAAAGGGGGUCUUGAGGUGUAUGUACCGCAGCAAACAUUUCUCUAUGACCCUGGACCUAAGCAGAGAUAUAAUCCUUAUUUACGAGAGUUUUAUAAAGUAGCAACAGCAGAUUUACCUCUUAAACCAUCUGCAAAAGGGACAACUCUAUCUCUUUACCCUGUGUCUCUGCAAAAAGGAGAGAGCAUUACUGUUUAUCUCCCUUUAAAAGCCUUUUCUUCUUCUACUAAUGCAAUAUGGCCUAUGCCUCAAGCACUUGCAUAUCCAGAAGGUGCAGCAAAUGAAUACAGCAUAAAGAUAUUCAAUCUCCAAAGAAAAGCAACAGCAGAGAUCGUACGCCUUUCUGCACCUGUCUAUACACCUGAGACUAUUGCUGCAGUUGUGGGGCCGCAGCUGCAAAGCCUAGGAGACAGGACAACACAAAUAACAUUUAGAGUUAAAUUCGAAGACAAGAUACCAUCAGGAAAGCUGAUACUUCGGGUGUCUCCUCUACAAAACCCCACAGGGGAGUCGGCGGGAUCGAUCGAUCCCACCUCCACAGGAAGCUGCUCCGGAUGGGUAUCAAGUGUACAUGAGAUUGUCUCUUCUAUUGAUUGCCCUCCUAAGCAAGGAGCAUUUGUUUAUACUUUAUUACCUUCAAGCCUAGCUGCUGCUUUUGUCUCUGGGUGGAUAACUAUUGGGUUUCGUUUAGAAAAGCCUGCAUCUCUUUAUUCUUUUUACUCUUUUGCUGCUGUUGAUUCAGCAGAUAAUACAAUUUGCUCUUUUAACCUCAAAACUCCUCAGGUGUAUCAUGACCCUUGCAUUCAGCGCUUUUCUUCAAGACUCAUAAAACCUAAAAAGACAGGCUAUGCAGCCAAGCUGCUCUUAACUAUGCAAAUUGUUAAUUGUAAUAACCCUGCAGAACCCUUAUCUUCUCUUCCAGAAGAACCAGAGCCGCUUUCUUUUGAAAUUCCUCAAAAAGACGGUUUGCAAGACAAAGACUAUCUCAGCUCCGUUACUAUUAAGAGGCCUACAGCCCCUAACUCUAUAUCUAUGACUGCCUCUGCUUUGCAGUUAGGUUUAAGAAGUAAAGACAAUUCUUUUUUUGUUUCUUCUUUCUCUGAUGAAGAAAUCUCUCCUAAGUCCAAACAGUCUUUAUCAGCAUCUGCAUCUCGUUCUUGCAGCGGGGGCCCCCAAAGGCAGCAGCAGCAGCAGCAGCAGCAGCAGCAGCAGCAGCACUCUUCUUCUCUUUCUUCUUCUGCUUCUUCUUCUGCUCCUGCUGCUGCUUCUGCUUCUGCUUCUUCUUGUUCUUUAAAAAAGAAUAGAGUGAAGUUUACUCCAGCGCAAGCUAACCCCAGUUUUCAUCCAAAGUACCUGCCUAGACACCCUAGACUAGCAGCUGCUUCUGUACAUUUUGCUUUUCCUCAUCGUCGAAGAUUAGGGAGACGUAUCGGUCCCCGUAGUUUAUCGCAUGCAGCAGAGCAAAGAAAUCCGCUAGUUUCUUCGGUGUCUAUACACCCGAAUGGUGCUGAUAUAUCUUUACGUAUUGUAGUAGAUAUCAUUAUAGAUAAUGCAUUAGGAGCUGAAGCAGCAAUGAUGAUUUCUGAAUGGGGAUUCAAUAAUUUAUAUUCAUCUAAUAAAUCUACUUGUAAUAUUCCCGGCAUGCAAUGCUAUGGGCACGACUGGAGGCAAGGAGGUGUUUAUCAGUGGGGUUCUGCAGAUCCUAAGACAUCAACACAAACACUUCCUGAAGACUACAAAAACAUAGAAGUUAUGAAGGCGCUUCAGCCUGCAAUAGAAUGGAGACAAUCUGUCUCCUGCGAUGAAGUUCCCCCGCAUUUAUCUGUUAUUCUUCUGGUAACAACAGAAGAAAAAGCAGAGGCAUAUCGAUCAGUUGUCUCUACUUCAGGUGUAUCUGCAGCAGCAAAGCCCCAAUGGACAGACAGGCCGCUGCAUGUACACCUGAUUGCAUUUAGAGAGAUUUCUUAUAAGCCAACUGAAGAUCCUUUGAAACCUUUAAAAGAAAUGCCUAUCACAGACACCUCAAACCUUAUCAAAGCAGCUGUGGUAGACCCAAAUCUAUUUCCUAUAGCAGACGAGACAGUUUAUGUUUCUUUUUCUACGGCUACACCAAGAGAAGGGCAAUAUGAAGCAGAUGCAAUAAUUGAUAAAAUACAAGAAGCGCUUAUUCUUAUUUCUGAUGAACUUGCUAACAGUAUCGUUACUGUCGAGCUGUGCAGACACCCCGUGCCUCCCCCAGGUUAUCUCUUCCCUUGGCAGACUGAAGCCACAAGAGAAGCUCAAGAUCAAACAUAUAGAGCCAUUCAGGUUUCAUACAACGGGAAGCCUUUUGAACAGCUUAUUGAAUUUCAUAUACCCGAAAGUGAUAUAGGCGUCUACUCCUCAGCUAAACUUGACUGGCAGUUCCGCAUGGCCUGUGAUGGAGUGUUCGACCCCGCAGAGUAA